UUCCAGGAGAAGUCAUUGUUUUGAUCCUUCUUCAAUCCUUCUCAUCGAGAUGACGUCUUCAGCUGAUCAUCCUGAUGUUUGGAUGUUCAGUAAAUACCCUUGGUUUACACUAUCAUUGCUGAUUCUCCUGAUGAACGUCUCUACAGGUCAAACUCUGACAUGUGGUCCAUAUCAGUAUGAGAUAAAUGAUCGAUGCUGUCCUAUGUGUCCAGCUGGAACUUCCUCCACUGACACCGUGUGCUCCACCUGCUCUGAUGGAACAUUUUCAGAUGGGACGUUUCCAUCUUGUCAGAAUCACAAACAAUGUGAAUCAGAGGGUCUAGAGCUGCUGAGAGCAGGAACUGAGAGG